UGGAAUGGAUGGCACAGUCACGUGGGGAUCUUGUCACCUCUUCCCCAGCACAGGAGGGACCGCCCAUACCAGUGCAGUGAAUGUGCUAAAACCUUCUCGGAUCUCUCACGUUUCCUCCGACACCAGAUCGGCCACACUGGCGGACGGCCGUACCACUGCCGUCACUGCAUAAAGACUUUCCGGCAGCCCUAUGAGCUAAUGGUCCACCAGAGGGUUCAUACAGGGGAGAAGCCUUACCAAUGCACAGUGUGUGGCAAAAAAUUCAUCAAAAACUCCAUCCUGAAGGUUCAUCAGAGGAUUCAUACUGGUGAACGGCCAUACAAGUGCACGCUGUGCUCCAAGAGCUUUGUACAGUCCCACCACUUAAAGACUCACCAGCGAACACACCUAGCCGGCAGAGUACAAAACUACUAA